AUGGCUCCGGUGGCUACUACUAAUGGCUAUGGGGGGAUGUAUCUCCCCGAUGACCCUGACAGAGCUGGACUUGCUCGAAGUGGACAACAGCGCCCACUGCUGAACAACCCGUCGCCCGACGAUGUUGAAAUCCUGGAACAACUCUACGGCACCCGGAAGAAAAUGCGCAUAGCCGUCCUGGGAGCUGGCAUGUCUGGUUUGAACUUCUUCAAGACCGCGGAAGAGAGACUCAAGAAUGUCGAGAUCAUCUGCUACGAAAAGAACGCGGAUGUCGGCGGUACUUGGUACGAGAACCGUUAUCCGGGCUGUGCAUGCGAUAUCCCCAGCGUUGUCUACCAGUUUCCUUGGAGACCCUCACCAUGGUCUAGAUACUACUCAUACUCGCCGGAAAUUUGGGACUAUAUCAAACAGGUCGAACAGGAGAAUAAGUUUGUCGAGAAGUACGUCAAAUUACGGCACCGAAUCGUUUCUCUCUCCUGGGACGAGGGCACCGCUCAGUGGACCGUCCGUGUGCAGGACCUUAACACGGGACGCGAAUUCGAGGAUCAUGCAGAUAUGGUCAUCGACGGGGGCGGCGUUUUGAACAAAUGGAAGUGGCCCGACAUUCCCGGCCUGCCCGAUUUCAAGGGCACGCUUCUCCAUUCAGCUCAAUGGAAUCCAAACACCGACCUCGAGGGCAAGCGGGUCGCGCUAAUUGGCGCGGGAAGCAGUGCUGUCCAAAUCCUACCGAAUAUCUACGACAAGGUCGAGAAGGUGUACACUUGGGUUCGGAACAAGAUCUGGAUCACCGCGGGUUUCGCUCAAGCGUUCGCUGGUAAAGACGGGGCGAAUUUCAUUUACAACGAGGAGCAAAGAAAAUUGUUUGAUGAUCCCGAUGAGUAUCUCGCAUAUUGCAAGAUGAUCGAGGGCGAGCUCAAUCAACGAUUCGGCUUCAUCAUCAACGGUUCCGAAGCCCAAAAUGCCGCGCGCGAGUACUCCGAGAGCGAAAUGAGAACGCUGCUCAAGGACCACCCGGACCUACUUGAAAAGAUUAUGCCGACCGAUUUCUUCGUCGGAUGUCGUCGUCCCACUCCCGGAAACGGAUACUUGGAAACCCUCACCGGCGAAAAGACCACGGCCUACACGUCACAAAUACAAAAGAUCACAGAAAAAGGAUUCAUCGACCCAGACGGCCAAGAACGAGAAGUAGACGUGGUCAUCUGCGCCACAGGUUUCGACACAUCCUACAAACCUCGCUUCCCCCUGAGCGUCAAUGGUAUUUCGAAAAACGAAGAAUGGAAAGAUCAUCCACACGUGCCUUCGUACUUGAGUCUUGGAUUGGCCGAAGUGCCCAAUUACUUCGUCUACGGGGGGGCCUAUUGUCCCUCAGCACAUGGCAGUUUCUUCCCCUUGAUACAAGGGUAUUGCAGCUACACGAUCCAGGUGAUUGAGAAGAUGCAGGUAGAGAACAUCAGGAGCGUGAGGCCGAAGUCGAAAGUGGUGGACCAAUUCUUGAGGCACGCGGAUUCAUUUCUAAAAAGGACCGCAUGGACGGGUCCCUGCUCAAGCUGGUUCAAAGGCGGCAAAAUCGACGGCAAGCCCGCCAUCUAUCCAGGGUCGCGGUUGCAUUUUCUGCGCUUGCUCGAGAAGCCGCGCUUCGAGGACUACGAUAUCGACUACGACAACCAGGACGACAUGUUUGCCUUCUUCGGCGACGGAUUCCACGUCUGCGAGAGGGACGGCAGCGACAUCACUUGGUACAUGGGCCAGCCGAAGAGGGAGGUGGAUGUGGACAAGAUCAAACAGGUCAUGGAUGGGACUAAGGGGAUUGAGAUGAAGAGGCAGUCGGCGUCGUCGAACUGA